AUGGAUGGAGAGGAGAAAACCUAUGGUGGCCGUGAAGGCCCUGAUGCCAUGUGUGUGAAAUUAAUAUCUUCUGACGGUCAUGAAUUUAUUGUAAAAAGAGAACAUGCAUUAACAUCAGGAACAAUAAAGGCCAUGUUGUGUGAUCCAGGUCAGUUUGUGGAGAAUGAAACCAGUGAGGUCAGUUUUAGAGAGAUCCCUUCACAUGCGCUAUCCAAAGCGUGCAUGUAUUUUACCUACAAGGCCCGCUAUACUAACAGCUCCACUGAAAUUCCCGAAUUCCCAAUUGCACCUGAAAUUGCCCUGGAACUGCUGAUGGACAUAAACUUCCUAGAUUGUCAAAUAAAAUAA